AAAAAAAUGACAUCAUCAUCAUCAUCUUAAUCAUUUAAUGUGAUAUUCACUUAAGGACAUCGCCAAGUUUAAAACACACAUCAAAAACAAUAAAUACAAUUUUGGUGAUUUCAAAUGUUAACAACUUCAAAUCAAUCAACAAUCGAUCCGAUUAUAAUUAGUCAGGAUUAUAAAGAAAGUGAUGUGAAUAAAUCAUCAAUAUUGUUACAUCAAGAACCAUCAUUACCACCACCAUUGCCUAAACCACGGCCGAAUAGCACGUUCAAUAAUAAUAAUAAUGUAUUGAUGAUGAUGUCAUCAGCAUCAUCAUCAACACCUAAUAUUAUGACCAAUAAUGUUACAAACAAUAAUGAUAAUAAAACAAAUAAAUCAAAUGUUGGCCGAACUAAAUCAACAACAUCAAAUACAAAUAUGGCAACAACAGGAAUCAAUAAUAAUGGAUCAUCACAACAACCAAUGAUAAAUAUAAAUCCACAACAAAGACAACAACAAUUACAAAAUGAAGAAUUAUCCGUAUUAACAAGUUAUUAUGCUUGUGCAAGAUAUUAUCUAUUUAUGAUUUAUCUAUUAGUAUUGAUUACAUUGAUUAUAAAUACGUUUAUACAUUUUAUAUUUUAUGGUUCGAACAUGUCGAUUGGUUCAAUGUUUUUGGAUGUUCAUCAUCGACAUGAGCUUAUAAACGGAAAUUAUUAUUCAUUUGAUAAUAAUAAUUAUGAUUCGGAGAAUUAUCAUUCAGCAUCUACAUUUAAUAUUGGUAAAGUUCAACAUGGUCCUUACGGUAUGAUCAAUCAUCGACCAUCAUCAUCAAAACAUGAGCAAAUAUAUUAUUGUGAUCGUAGUUCAUUUCUUUCAUUACUUGAUGAAUUUUAUCAUCAAUAUCCGAUGCCAAAAUCACAACCACCAACAUAUGAUUCAGCAGAUAGAAUGAAUCAGCCUGAUAAUGAUGAUGAUUUAAAAUCUUAUCCGAAAAUAUUUGCUAAUUUUGAUAAUUAUGCUCGUACAAAAGAUCGUCAAGAUUUGAAUGAAGAAGAUGAUAUAUUCUAUAGCAGUAGUAGUAGAUCGAAUAAUGAUGAUGAAUCAUUGAAGACAAAUCGACAAAGAUUGGGUAUAAUUUCCGAUGACAAACAUCGAUACAAAAAUCAUCAUAAAAGAACAGGAAAUGAAAAUCGUAUGCUAAUAAUCGAAGUGAUAGCAUUGACAUUAUUGUUUGUAACAGUAUUGAAUCAGGUACUUGGAUUGAUCGGUGUAAUAAGAAAAAAUCUAACAAUACUUAUAUUUGUUACUAUUGUGAAUUUUGUAUUAUUCUGUAUAUUGGCAUUUAUUUCAAAUAUUGGUCUAAUACUUUUAUUAUUAUUAGCUACUUCGGCUGGUUACUUAUUUAUAUUUCAAUUGAAAAUUGGUCUUAGACGUCGUAUUAAAGAACGUUUAAGAUUUAAAGAAGAUAUAUCGGCCGAAGUACAGGAUGCAAUUAUGCAGAUGCGUAAUCGAAUGUCACCAUGUAUACAUGUAAGCAUGGAACAAUAUGAAGCAAUGACACAACAAAUGUUAAAUCGUUAUUCAUCACCAAUUGUUUAUUGUCCACAUUAUAAUGAAAGUCUUUGUUAAUUCUUGUAUGAAUUUGAUAAAGCAAAAUUGAGAGCCAAAAAAAAAAAAUAAUAUCAUCAUAAUGAAUCAUUA